CUGUGGGUCUGGCUCUGGGAACCCCCCCCCCCCACGCCUGUCAGCCGCUCAGCCCCCGUCUCCGGGGCAUAACCCGCCCUGACCCCUGGGUUCGCCCCCACCCCCAACCCUUUGCAGAGCCCCUCAAUCUUCCUAUCUGAGGGGGGCCCCCCGCGGCACCCAGAGCCGCCAUCCUCCCGCCGCCUUCCCCGCAGGCCCGGUCCGGAUGCCCUGCCCCAGGCCGCCCUGGCUGCGCCGCCCGCGGGUCCCGCCAGGCUCCAGCCCCAGCUCCCCGGGCGCGCUUUCCGAGCCCCGGUCCCCGGACCAGGGCGAGACCGAGGACGAGGAGGACGGGGAUGGCGGCCCGGGCGCGUCCCCCAUCCUGCCGCCCGCGUCCCCCGUCGAGUGCCUCAUCUGCGUGUCGCCCUUCGACGGCGCCUUCAAGCUGCCCAAGCGCCUGGACUGCGGCCACGUCUUCUGCCUCGAGUGCCUGGCGCGCCUAUCGCUGGCCACGGCGGGCGGCGGCGAGGCGGUGGCCUGCCCGGUGUGCCGCGCGCCCACGCGCCUGGCCCCGCGCGGGGGGCUGCCCGCGCUGCCCACGCAGGUCGGCCUGCUGCCCCGCGAGGCCCGCGCCCCGCCCGCGCGCCAGGGCUCCGUGCGCUUCGACCGGCGCCGCGGGCUCCUCUACCUGCGCCCGCCGCCCGCGCCCGGGCCCCGCAAGACCCGCGCCGCGCGCCCGCCGCCCCCGCCGCCGCCACCGCCGCCGCCGCUGCGCCUUGGCCGCCCGCUGUCCCGCCGCCUGACCCUGGACAGCCCCACCUGGGCCUUCAACGCCGCCGUGGCGCUCGCCGCGCUCGUGGCCGCCGGCCUGGUGGUCUCCGGCGUCUACAUCUUCUUCCUCAUCCCGCGCGCCGCCCCCGCGCGGCCGCAGUUCGUGGCGUUCGCCCCCGCGCCCGGCUUCUCCUGGCUCCCGGCGCGGCCCGAGCCCGGGGCGCCCUGGACCCCCGCCUGGACGCCGGGCCCCACCGGCCGUGACCUGGACGCCACGCCGCCCGGGGCCGCGGAGGACACGCAGGAGCCCCCCGGGGACCCAGAGGACUCGGCGGAGGCGGAGGGAGUGCGGGACCGCGCGUGGGAAGGCGAGGGCGGCCCCGGCUGGGUUCGGGGCAGGAGGCGGGUGUGGGGGGCGCGGUAGACGCGCCUGCCUCCGGCAGAUCCGGGCUCCGGUCCUGGGCACCUCGCGUCCUCCCUGCCAGCCCCUCGCUCCCGCCCCUCCCCGGCGCCGCAGGGACCAUGUCUCCAGCCGGAGGCCUGGCGGGGUCACCGCCACCGGACACGGUGCCCCAGGAAGUAACCCCGACCCCCGCGGGGAUCCAGCUGCGGGCACCCGGACCCCAUCUUUACAAAGACCCAGCGGGCCCUGGCGGCUUAGCUCAGUGGACAGAGCCUGGGCGCGCGGACUGCAGGGACCCGCGUUUGACUCUGGUCAGCGGUCCAGGGUGCGCACCUGGUGUGCAGGCUCCUGUCGGGGUGCCCUCCGGGUCGUGUGCAGGAGGCAACCAGUUCCAUGUUUCUCUCUCUUUCCCUCUCCCUGCCGCUCUCUCUAAAAACCAAUGGAAACGUAUCCUCGGGAGAAGAUUAAAAUAAAAGACUCUGCUGGGAGGCGCCCUAAGUGGGCUACCUGGUCCUCAUCCCAGUGG